UCAAAAUUUUCAUAACCAAACAGACGAAAGUGUCCGUGUUAAGCUUCCCUGUGCUCUCUCACUCUGAGAGUUAAAACCCAAAAACAACGCUCUUAGGGUUUUAGCGAGGAUCCUUGUCCUGCUUCUACUUCAGUUUUGUUGUGUAAUUAUUAUGGCCGCCGAUGCUUCUACUGCCCUUGCAGUGAGACAGAAAGUUCAACAAUUUCUGAAUGCAGCCUGUACUGGCAAUGUUGAUCUCUUGAAGAAGUUGGCGAGGCAGCUUGACGACGGUAAGGGGUUGACUGGAACGGUGGCUGAUAUUAAGGAUGCGAACAAACGAGGGGCACUUCACUUUGCGGCCAGGGAGGGGAAGACAGAAGUUUGCAAGUACUUGUUAGAGGAAUUGAAGCUCGAUGUUGAUACAAAAGAUGAAGAUGGUGAGACUCCUCUUAUUCAUGCUGUUCGGCAAGGGCACACCAGUACAGCCAAAUACCUUCUCGAGUGCGGUGCCAAUCCUGCUAUACCUAGUGACUUAGGGGCCACAGCCCUGCAUCAUUCUGCUGGAAUAGGAGAAAUUGAGCUGAUGAGGAUUUUACUUUCCAAGGGUGUUGAUGUUAACUCACAAAGUGAUGCUGGUACUCCUCUAAUUUGGGCUGCUGGUCAUGGACAAAAAGAUGCUGUCAAAGUUCUAUUGGAACAUCAUGCUAAUCCUAAUAUUGAAACAGAUGAUGAUAUUACUCCACUAUUGUCAUCGGUGGCAGCUGGUUCACUGGCAUCUUUAGAGUUGUUGAUUCAGGCAGGUGCUAAAGUAAAUAUUAGCGCUGGUGGAGCAACCCCUUUGCAUAUUGCUGCUGAUAAUGGGAGCUUAGAAAUCAUAAACUGUCUGCUGAAAGCUGGAGCUGAUCCAAAUGUCACUGACGAGGAUGGUCUGAAGCCGAUCCAGGUUGCAGCUGCACGAGGCAAUCAAGGAGCCGUUGAGAUUCUUUUUCCUUUGACUUCAAAAGUUCAGACCAUUUCAAAUUGGACUGUUGAUGAAAUACUUGAGCAUAUGCAGUCUGAAACUAGCAAACAACAGGAAGAAACAGGGGACCAAAGCAAUGUUAAUAUGCCGAAGGAAACCAAUCUACUAAAGCAAGAUCCCCCUGAGGUGGCACCAGAAGCAAAGAAGAAAGCUGCAGAAGCAAAAUGUAGAGCAGAUGAUGCUUUCAAAAGAAAAGAUUAUCAUACUGCUGUAGAUGCUUAUACACAAGCAAUCGAUUUAGACCCCACUGAUGGUACUUUGUUUUCCAAUCGGAGCCUUUGUUGGAUACGCUUGGGUCAAGCUGAGCAUGCCUUAGAUGAUGCGAAGACCUGCCGAGCAUUACGGCCAGAUUGGCCGAAAGCUUGCUACCGGGAAGGUGCAGCUUUACGCUUGUUGCAGAGGUUUGAUGAAGCAGCCAACUCUUUUUAUGAGGGAGUGCAGCUUGACCCCGAAAAUAAGGAACUUGUGCUUGCCUUCAGAGGGACUGCAAAAUUUAUUUCAUCAAUCAAAUACAUCCUCUGAGUACCUGCCACGUCCACAGGGAAGCUGUUGAAGCUGGGAGGAAGUUUCAUGGUACCAAUCAGGAAAGAGAAACUGGAGUUUUGUGUGGAUAAAUACCUGUAGGGGUCAUACCGGACAUAUAUGGAAACUGUAUCCU